AUGCAGCCAGCUCCUGGGGAUGUGUACGCAGACGUCAACGGGGCUUACUCCCGGGCAGGUUCGCCGUCGAGGGAAGUCACCAUUACUUCGCCCGGGAAGGAGGACCUGUUGGCGCUCGCUGCCCGGCUCUGGCAGAGGAGGAAGAGGCUGGUGGCCGCCGUCGGGAUCGUCCUGGCCAUGGGCCUCAUCCUGCUCAUCGCCGUGCCCAUGCUGGUGCAGGCGCCGGCCAAGAGCCAGGCGCACUACGAGAUGAUGGGCACCUGCCGCAUGAUUUGUGACCCCUACAGCGCCAGCGGCCCCGCAGCCGCCGGCAGCACAGCCGCCCUGGAAGCCCUGCAGGAGCUGAGCGCCAACCCGCCGCCGCCACCACCGCCCUUCGUCCAGGGACCCAAGGGCGACCCCGGCCGCCCGGGCAAGCCGGGACCGAGAGGUCCUCCGGGGGAGCCGGGCCCGCCGGGCCCCAGGGGGCCGCCGGGGGAGAGGGGCGACGCGGGCAAGCCGGGGCUGCCAGGGCUGGCCGUGCCCGGAAUCGGGGCCCCAGGCGCAGCCACGCCCGCCGGCGGCCUGGGCUCGGGCGAGAGCAGCAGCAGCCCGCCGCCCGGAGGCGACGUGACGGGCGCCCUGAGCGCCGCCUUCAGCGGGCCCAAGAUCGCCUUCUACGUGGGCCUGAAGAGCCCCCACGAAGGCUACGAGGUGCUCAAGUUCGACGACGUGGUGACCAACCUGGGCAACCACUACAACCCCACCUCCGGCAAGUUCACCUGCCAGGUGCGCGGCAUCUACUUCUUCACCUACCACAUCCUCAUGCGCGGCGGCGACGGCACCAGCAUGUGGGCCGACCUCUGCAGGAACGGGCAGGUGCGGGCUAGUGCCAUUGCUCAAGAUGCAGACCAGAAUUAUGACUACGCCAGCAACAGUGUGGUGCUGCACCUGGACUUGGGGGAUGAGGUGUAUGUCAAACUGGAUGGAGGCAAAGCCCAUGGAGGCAACAACAAUAAGUACAGCACUUUCUCUGGCUUUCUUUUAUACCCCGAUUGA